UGGACCGGACGGAUGGAUAAGAUGAUGUGAUACUUAAAAUAUACAUACGACGCAAUACAUAUCCACGCUUCCUCCCUUUUCGUGUAUUGCAUAUGCAGAGCCUCUCUGCUCCUUCUUCGAAACCGAGUGGGAUAAGAUGGAGAGGAGAGAUACUGAAAAGCUUUUCCUUUUCCUUGAUAACAUAAUAAUCUCUUGCUUUGCAGUUUCUAUUUUCCUCUGAAAGUUGGCUUCCUUGUUUCUUUUUUCUUUCUUCCCCCUCUAGGGUUUUCAUUGAUCUCCAUUUCCGCUGCUUGGUUUUAUAGUGGUUUGCUUUUAGCACUCUUAAGUGUUAAGUAUUUCUCUGCCGAGUGCCGACUACCGAGGGAGGGGCUUUCUUGGUUUUGGGCUGAUGCCUGAUGAGAUGGGAGUGUUGUCUCUCGGUGCUCUGCCUUUAGGUUUUAGAUUUCGUCCGACUGACGAAGAGCUCAUUAAUCAUUAUCUACGAUGCAAGAUUAAUGGAAAGGAAGACAAGGUUCGGGUCAUUCCUGAGGUUGAUGUCUGUAAGUGGGAACCCUGGGAUUUACCUGAGUUAUCGGUGAUAAAAAAUGGUGAUCCAGAGUGGUUUUUCUUCUCCCCUCGGGAUAGGAAAUAUCCGAAUGGCCAUCGUUCCAAUAGGGCCACGGAGGCUGGGUACUGGAAAGCCACUGGUAAGGAUAGGACAAUCAAGGCUCGCACCUCUGGGAUGCACCUGAUCGGUAUGAAGAAGACUCUGGUUUUCUAUAGGGGUCGUGCGCCCAACGGUCAGAGAACCAACUGGAUAAUGCACGAGUACAGAGCAACUGAGGAGGAGCUCGAUGGUACCCACCCUGGCCAGGGAGCGUUUGUUCUCUGUCGUCUGUUCAAAAAAUCAGAUGUUAGAAUCGAACAUUCAAAUUGCGAUGAGAUUGACCGUACUGGUUCUUCUCCUACAGCAAGAUCUUCUCCUGAGGCUACACCAAGAAGAGUAGCAUUGGUUGAAACGACCCCAGAGUCAGAUAUGCAUGUUGGAAAACAUACCGAAGGUAUUGAGAGGUGGCUUGAGGAAAAGGUCGAUAACAUGACCCCUGAUGCUGUGUUAAGUGUAGAUGGUCAGUGUAAUAGUUCUUUUAUUUCUGAUGUAGAAGACCAUGAGCCAGAAGGGACUAUAACAGAGGUGGAUAAACAGCUGGAAGAAGAUUUGAACUUGUUUUAUGAGCCGGAAUUUGAACCACUCGAUUCCAAGAUUUUCUCCCCAAUACAUUCUCAAACAUACACAGGGCUGGAACUUAAAUACAUGUCCCUCCUCAGUGGUGACUUUGGAAACAACUCUGGGAUGGACUUUCAGGAUGGCACAAGUGAGCAGGAUGUCUCUAUUUCAGAAUUCUUAGAAGCAGUAAUUAAUAACCCUGAUGAAUCUGGUGAAGAGUUAACCAGUCAUAAGAAUGCAGUUGAUAGCAAGUUGCCAGCUUCAGGGCUUCAGCAGCCACACUUUGAUGACAAUGGUAGAGUUUGUAUGAUAUCAGGGGAAUGGGGGCCUGCGUAUGGCAAGGAUAGCGGUUCAAGUAGUGAAACAGACACUGAUAUGGCACAGCCACAGGCACAGCAGAAUAUUCAGUCAGGCCCAGAGUCUUCAAGUUGGUUUGAUGAUUUUGCGGGGAUAGAGAAUUCUUACUUGGGUACGAGUGUUUCUGAGAGAGGUUUUGGCGCUGAAGUGGGUCCCCUGGGUGGUGAUAGCUUUCUUGGGCUGGAUCAGCAGAGUCUUGUUUACAACAGUGGUGCAGUUGGUGGUGGGUCAGGAAUCAGGUUAAGGACUCGCCAACCACAAUACCAGCUAAAUUCCCUCGACAUUAUGUCACAGGGCACUGCCCCAAGAAGGAUCAGGUUACAGAAGAAGCUUUCUCGCAGAGUGUAUUCUUCCUGCAACAAGGCAAGGGUCGAUGCAGAAGAGCAUGAAGAGAAACCAAAAAUUGCCGAGCUGCAGGGAAGAGAAACUGUGAAAGCACCGAGUACUGAAGAGGUCCAGAAGAGGACAACCUCCACUCUUGAUUCUGAACUUGCUCAAGAAUUUGAUAAAAAGCUGAGGUUUAGAUCAAAGCAGGAUGGCGUGGUGUUCGGUGAGCAACAAGGCCUGUCUUCAUUGUUCAAGGACCGUCGCCCAGGUUUCCCAUCUUUUUAUGUCGUAGGUGUAGCUGUAGUUGCUAUGCUGUCGUUGUUUGUUUGGGUAUUAGGGUGACUGACCGAGGCAGAGAGUGGUUGGCUAUCAGCUUUUAUCUUUUGGCCAGCGCAGGAAUAGCUUGCCCUACAUUUAUGUAUAUACAUAGAGAUGGAUUUAAGCGGGCUAGCUGUAGUUGAGUAUGAUAUUAUUUCUCAAAUUUGUAGGUGAGUGUAGUUGAUUUUAUUUAGGUAUGUAUGUAUAUGUGUUUGUAUUGUUUAUAAAUUUUUAACAGGCAAAUUUGUUUAGCUAAUUGACUAAGGGGUUGUUCGGUGUCGCUGAAUGCUGAUAUUUUAAUGGGUGUCUUAGGCCUUCAGCAAUAAAGUGAUCGUUCGACUUCACUUGUUGCUAAAGAGUAUCGAGUGUGCCUGGCAGUACGGUCUUGGACGGUCAGUGAAUAUAUUUGCUAAGGGGUUCGGUGUCGUUGAUUGCUGAUCUCUUAAUGGGUGUCGUAGGCCUUAAGCAAUGAAGUGAUUGUUCGACUGA